AUGAUUAAUUAUUUCUCAUAAUUAAUAUUGUUUAUUAACGCUACGCGCAUUUGAAGAAGCUGUUCUAAUAAAAACAGAAUGAGGAAUGCGAAAAUAUCUUUUUUUGGAAGGAAAAAAAGAAACAAUGCAUCAAAGAUUGUUAUCGAUUGAGAAGAACGAGUUCUUCACUUUGAUCAUUGUUAAUAUCGGAAUUUGUGUGUGUCUGUGUGUUUUGGGAUAGCAAUGAGAACAAUCUAAUUUGUGGAAUUGUUUGUAUCUUACAGUUACUGAAUUAGCAAACGUUAAGAGAAAAUCUCAUUCUAUUAUAUUUAAAAUUAAAAAUAAAAAAUUUGAAGCUUUCGUGCUGGUUACUACUUUCAAUUCUGGUUUCCAGAUUGAAGCCACGUUUUUUGUCAUUUAUUUCCGAUGUUUCAUCCACUUCAUCAGGAGUUUGAAACGUCGAAAUUAAAAUGACAAAACGCGGCUUCAACCCGCAAACUAGAACUGAUAGUAUGUUCUAGUAAAAUUAUAUAAAAAUAUAAAACCUUUAUCAUUAUCAUUCUCUAGAUCUAGUAGUGGCACAUAAGUACAGGAUUAUAACUUUUCCGAAAUAAUAAAAAUAAGAAAAAGUUAAAUUGCGUCGGAGGUCCUAAAUCUCAUUUUCUACGAAACAUAUUUCCCAUCAAUAUGGUAUACGUAAAGAAUGUGUUGCUUGUAAAUGUGCAGUGGCGCGAAGUCGAUCGUCAUUAUCUUGUAGCCGUUAACGUAGAUAUAUCUUCUUAAAGGUCGUGACCGAACUGCCCCUCGUACACUGUCGUAGCCACGAGUUCCAUUUUAUUGUCUAAAAUAUUAUGCGCGAAUGCAUAUCUUCUUUAUAUUAAGAAAUGUCUCCAUCAUACAUCUUUCGUCGCAAUUAUAUUUUUAAAGAAUUGGAUAUUUUUUCUUAAGAUAAAUAUCUACGUUCAAAUGCUUUAUAAUAUUCUUGUCAUGCAUUUAAUUAAGUUUAACGAUAUUACACAUGAACCAUUAAACUUAUAAAGUAACUUGUAAAGUAACAAAAUUUUGAAAAAAUAAUAUAAUUUCAAAUCAAUAAUUAAUUUACCUGACGAUAACAGAAUAUAAAUCUUUAAGAAGCAUGCGACUUAAUUAAAUCACCAUUGCUUUUGUGUGAAAUUUCGACAUCGUUAGACAUCCGCAUUCAGCGAGUGCAUCAUUUGUCCAAAGCAUCAUUCGAUACGCAAUUCAAGCGAUGUCGCUACGAAGAUCUUCUCAAGACUGACUGUUCAACUUGUGCGCCCUGUCUUCUUACACGUCCGACGCCUUUUCGCCCACGUGGUCAUCCCGCCUGAUAACUCGACAUACGCACACAUACAAUGUAUCACGCAGAUUGGCUUGCCCGACAAAAGAGAGAGAGACAGAGAGAAAACGAGAAAGAGAGGAGAUCGAUAGAAGCCAGUUCGCCAUAACUGGCGGAACUUGGUGAAGGUGCACGCACGUAGUCGGUCAGUUCCGGUGGUGUGUUCCUUGCCCAGGUGUGUUGAUCCACCGCUGCAGCCGAAAUAGGAUGAAGUGGUGUGAGGUCGAUAGGUCCCGAGUGUCGUUGCUGCAGAGUCGACGUUAUCCACCCGUCACCACCAAGAGCCGGCGCCGUCACGUUGCUCAGGAGACGAAAGAUAGGCCAACUACGAUGCAUCAUCAGCUUCACGUCGGUUACAACGGCGCCCAAGGCGGAUCCAUCGGGAGCAAUGGCUCUGGUCAAGGCUGGACCACGCAAGUGGAGGAACUCGCGGAGCACCUCGCCGCUGAUUUCGAUGGAUUAUCCGCACUCGCGACAUCUGAUCUUGCAACGGCUGUUGCCUCCUACAACAUGAGCGAAGCCCUUCUCGCUUUGCCAUCGCUAACUGUCUUCAAGCAGGAAGCUCCGUCACCCGAGAAUCAACAUAAUAAUUUAAAUCACGUGUCGCAAAGAGCGAUCAAUACUGCGUCUGUCAAUAAUGGAAAUGUCAGCUCCGUUGAAGCUGACAACAACAACAAUGGCCAAACUGCUACUACCCUCCACCAACUCUUGUAUUCUUCCAAUGAGGAAUACCCGCCGACUUCGACCGCAACGAAUCAUGUUUCUUCUUCUCAGCAGGGAAACGAGUUGAACGAGGACUGCCGUUUCCAGUAUGUCUUAGCAGCCGCUACCAGUAUCGCCACCAAAGUAAACGAAGAGACGCUGACGUAUCUGAACCAGGGACAGUCAUAUGAAAUCAAACUGAAAAAAUUGGGCGAUCUGUCUGCAUACCGCGGAAAGAUUCUGAAGGGACAUCCAACAUUUCUGUUCCAGUCGACGAUCCGCAUUUGCUUCCAUGAGCGGCGUCUGCAGUACACGGAACGGGAACAGAUGCUGGCCUGGCAACGCGCUAGGCCAGGCGAGAGGCUGUUGGAGGUUGACGUACCCCUCAGCUAUGGAAUGGUGGACGUAUACCAGCCAUCACCAUCUAACAACAGUGUAGAUUUCAUGUGGGAUCCCACGAAGGAAGUUGGCGUUUAUAUCAAAGUUAAUUGCAUAAGUACCGAAUUUACGCCGAAGAAGCACGGUGGCGAGAAAGGCGUUCCCUUUCGAAUCCAAGGUGGAGACCCGGUCUGCCGGGAGGACGCGUCUACACGCCGCCCAUGCCAAGUGAAAGUCUUCAAGUUGAAAGGAGCGGACCGCAAGCACAAGCAAGAUCGGGACAAAAUAUUGAGACGUCCUCCUCACGAACAGGACAAGUACCAACCCAGCUACGACUGCACCGUUCUCUCCGAUAUUCCGUUGGAGUCCUUAUCACCCUCAAGUCCGACGCAGAAUGGUGGAAGCCCGUUCGUCUCAACAGAUGCAAUAUCACCGCAGACACGUUCGACUAUUGGUGGUAAUUCUUCUCCGGUAGUAGCUCCUCUAGCACUUUCAGUUUCUAAUUCCGGUAUCGUGCCAUUGGUUCCGGCUUCCGACGCUGUGAAGGAGAACGUGGGAACGGCACCAGCCUUGCCAUCGCCUGCGGCCAUACUUCCGGAUCAACCUUGCAUCGAGAGUGAUAGUGCUCCUUGUCUCACCGAAUUACCGCCCGACGCGAAUGCCACGCAAACAACUGCUUGGCUCCGUGCAAGUCGAUUUAACGCGUUCGAGUCGACGUUUGCCAGUUUCUCCGCAUCGGAUAUUCUGCGUCUGUCUCGAGAGGAUCUCAUCCAAAUUUGCGGAGUGGCGGACGGCAUUCGAUUGUUCAACACGCUGCACUCCAAGGCGCCGACCCCAAAGCUGACCCUCUAUUUCUCACUGGAGGGCAAUGGCUCACUCUGGAGAAUCGCCUACCUCGACAAUUUAACAAGCUCCGCGCUCACGAACAAGCUACUCAAUACUCUAAACCUGCCUCCUGACCGACUGCACUCGAUAUUGUUUCUAGGACCACAGGGUAUACACGUGUUAGUUACCGAUGAUCUGGUAGCGAAUAUGAAGGACGAGAGUAUGUAUCUCGUUGAGACUAUCAGAGAUCCAGGCAGCGAGCGUUAUAAAUUGCUGAUAAAGUCGAAAAAUAUUUAAGCAAUUUAUAGGGAUUUUAUUAUAUAGUUAUUUAAAAGAUAAAAAAACAAAAGGCAAAUUUUAUAACGGCAGUAUUUGUGACAAAUACGUGCGAGAAAGAUUACUAAUCUUUAAGUACGAUAAUCAUGCUAAAGUAAAGAGCAAUGGAUUAGAAAUUGUUAAUCUGAUUGCGCUGUCUUGCCCUAUGUGUUUAUCUAUUUGCAUAUGAAAUUGUACGCGGCAUAUUGUAACUGAACAACUGAAACACAUGCUCAUUUAUAGGUGACUUCGAUCUAGUAAGAUUUUUCUGAGUAUAAAUCUAUUUUUUAUAUUAUGAAUAUCAUAUUGCCAUUGCGUUGUGUGUGUCGAAUUUGUUGAGAUGUGCAAAUAUUCAGACUCUUUAAACAGUUUUCGACAUCCCAUUUUCGCAUCUAUGCGACUUGAAGUCACUGAAACUCGAUAAUUUCAAGUGACUCCAAGACAAUACAAUACACUUAAUACAAUGAAGAAAACAACGAGUGCCAAUUAUAUAAUUUUGUAGAAGAGUAUAUUUAUAUACUACUUCGUUUAUCGUAGUUAUGUAUGGAACGAAUUACCUCGAGAAUAGCGAGAAUUAUGUACAAAUAUCGGAUCUCGUAUAAUUGCAUGACUAUAUCCGAAUAUUUUGAAAUUGUGGAUAUUGCGUAAAGAAUAUAUUGUUCGAACAAAUGCAGAAAUAUUGAAUAUCUGCAAGAUUUAUAUUUGCAAAACGACCGCCUGGUCAAGUUUGGAAAAGUAUUUACUUAUAUCCAGAAGUCACGGUAAAAAACUGAGAAAGAGAUAUUUACGCAAAUAAAAAUACGAUUGUCAAUCGUUUUUAGUUGCAAUUUAUAAAGAGACGGUCGGUUUCAAAUAUAUGUAUAUGUAUACAUGUAUAUGUGUCACACUGAAAGUUAUUGUAAAAUUUUGAUAGCAUAUAUUUUAGUUAUACAUUGUUAUAACGAUUGUUUGUUGAUUUAAUAAUUCUUACAUUAAUAGUAAAUCUUUUAGGUACUUUUCUAAGUUUUAAACUUUUAAACAUAUAAAAUUAUUGUUUGAAGUAAAAUUAAAUAACGUUAUUAUUAUGAAUAGCAACUGAACGUGCAAAUUCUUAAAUAAUGGUAAACUAAUUUUAUCAGUGCCUUACGAAUAAACUGCCAAUAGACAUAAUUGAAUAAUAAAUAUUCGAAAGACAGUCAUAAAGUAGAGUAUAUAAAAAAUAAUAUUUCUAACUGUUUUAUUGCAAAAAUAUGUAUGUUAACAAACUUUUUGUAUCAAGAUUUUUGAGAUUCUUUGUGAAAUUUUAUAAAAUAUAAGAUUAUAUUUUUUUGCAAUUUUAAUUUUAUAGACCAAUGCAGCUCUGAUUAUAGGCUACCGCCUAUUAAUACUUAAUAAUAGUUCUAAAAAUUUAUUGCAAAAAUUGAUUAUACAUGUUUAGGGAUGUAAAAUAAUAAUUUGUGAUGCGACAAAUGUAUUGAAUAAUGGAAUAAUUAAUAUGCGUAGCAAUUGUUAUUACGAACAAUCGCAUUUGUAAUGCGUUUAUAACUGCUUACUACAUUUUAAUUACGUGAUCAAUUACGAGUUUAUUCAUAUUUUGCUAUAGUUAUAAAUAAGUAUAAAUUUUAUGUAUAUGUUAUGUGAUAAUACAGUUUAUUUUGUCUGUUAUAACUUAAAAGUUGAAAUAUGCGUUAAUAUUUUAAUCUAAAAUUAUAUUGAUAUGUUAAUUGUUGCAUACCUCGUACGAAUGUUUAAGUCAAAGAAAUUGUGCAAUAAAUACUUUUUCAUAUC